AUGGUGACUAGGGGGCAAUCGCAAGGCAUCCAGGACCAUCUGCGCGAACUGCACCGCCGCAUCGAGCAAUUGGCGAAGACAGAUACCCAGUCCCAGGCCCCUAGCCUUGUGGGGCACAGUCAUCAAUCUAGUUUGUCGGGCGUUGAACAAGCUCAGCCCACAGAAGUAGGCCAAGACUAUCCGGGAACCCUCAAGAUUGAUCAAGGCGGGACGCGUUACGUGAACCCAACCCACUGGCAAUCAAUUCUAGAUGAGAUUGCUGAAGUGAAGGAGUACCUCGAUCUAACCGAGGGAACAUCACCUGAAGAUGAGGCCGAUGAAUCUCUUGCGGCUCCAGAUAUUUCAGGGCCAGUAUUGUUAUUUGGCAACACCAUUCCCACUGAUAAAGCCAGUUUGUUGGCUGCACUACCAGUUCGUUCAGUCGCAGAUCGUCUGGUUUCUGUCUUUUUGAACUCAAAAGAGUCUAUUCUCGUUAUUAUUCAUGUGCCCACAUUUGCAAAAGAAUACUCGAAAUUCUGGAAGAAGCCCGAGGAAGCCUCCAUCAGCUGGUUGGCAUUCUUGUUCAGCAUUCUAUGCGCUGGGUCAGGUUUACAGCUUUUUUCCACCUCCGGCCGCGCGGACGGUGAUUUCGCUGAAGCGUUUGACGAGAACCAUAGACUGGCCUCACAUUGUCUUAAUUUGGCAAACUACACAUCACCAGGUCAAUAUAAGAUGGAGGCACUUGUUAUAAGCGUGGCCAUGGAGAUUCUUAGAAGUUCCGACACUCACGUCGGUCCCUCGAUUCUUCUUGGCCUUGCUACCCGACUGGCAAUGCACGGUGGCUAUCACCGAGAUCCAAAACACUAUCGUGAUAUCUCUGUUUUCGAUGGAGAAAUGCGACGACGCAUUUGGAUGUGCCUCUCUCUACUUGAUCACUACAUUUCCCUCCAAGCUGGUCUUCCGCCAAGUACGAUCCAGGCACAAUCCGACACAGAAGAGCCGCGUAAUUUGACAGACGAAGACUUGGAUCCGUCGAUGAUGGCGUUGCCACAGGCAAGACCGCUAGCUGAAACGACGCAAAUUCUCUUUCCAGUUACUUUAAAUCGAAUCAUGUUUGCCAACGCGGAAAUAAUGAGCAAGGUUUGCUCCGUCAAGGGAGUUCCUUACACAGAAGUUCUUCUUUUGGACGCAAACCUAAAACAGCUUCACGCGAAUGUUCCACCAAGUUUACGAUGCCGUUCGCUCGGGGAAUCGAUCGCAGAUUCCCCAAAUAUGAUCAUGGAUCGCUACAACAUUGACCUGAUGUAUCACAAAGCACGUUGUGACCUUCAUCGACGAUAUUUAACCCAACACCGCCUUGACCCGGCCUAUGUCUAUUCCAGAAGGGAAUGUUUGGACGCUGCGAGAAAUGUAUUGCAACACCAAUCUGAUAUCUUCGAUGCCAGCUUCUCGGGAGGGCAAUUGGGCUAUUCGUCUUUUUUUUUCUCCCCCGUAGUCGCGGUGCACUUUCGCACGGCUGCUAUGAUUGUAUCGUUGGAGAUAUCGUGCCAAUCUCGCUAUGACUUGAACCAGAAUUUGUCAUCUAAUGACAGAAAGUCGAUCUUGGAAGAAAGAGCACAACUUUCACAGGAAAUUCAAAGAGCUUAUACUAUUUGGAAUCAUCUAUGCCACCAGUCCAAGGAGGCUUUGAACACCACCAAGGCUCUUCAUGUUAUGCUGAAAAUUACAAACAAUCACUUACAACAUGGAGCAACACCCGAGAAGAACCAGUCAAACCCAUCUGGUAUAGUCGGCCUUCAUGACCCAACACUCCACAUGCCAUCAGCACCAAGUCCUCCAAAUUCCGGAGAAAUCGUGGGGAACCAACUCACGCCUUUGGAUGUCGAUCUGAUGGACGCCUCCUUCUAUCUAGGACAGGACGCACUUUCUUACUCUGCUGAUACGCAAUUCACUGGCUCGGUUAAUCCUGUGGAUUUCUACGACAAGUACUGGGACAACAUCAUGCUCUUGGGCGACAGCCAAUCGUUCAGUGAUAUGACACUAGACGGCGGUUUUCUGGGAAAGGCCGAUGGUGGGCCGUCGUGA